GCCGGCCUCCCCGCCUCAGGGGAGAGGAGUCCUCGGACUACGUAGCCGCCCGACGACGCUCCCUCGGCGCCAACGGUGGCGGCUAAAGGUCGGGACUGAGAGGCGGGAAGCAGGGCGGGCAAAGGAGGCGCGCGCCUGCGCGGCCGCGAGAACACCGCUCUGCGCGCGCGAUGCCUGCCGGGAAACGUGCAGCCGCAGGCCGGAUCCGAGGCUCCUCCUCCUCCACUCCCAUCUCCAUGGUAACCGCUCGCCUCUUCCGCCUCGCCGUGGAGGCGCUUCACGUGACCUGCUCUCUUCCCACCCCCGAAGCUGGGGAAGUCACGUGAUGUUUGGAUUAUUAUUUUUUUUGCUUCUUCCAACCUGAGCAAAGCUGUUUCCGGGUCAAUACAGGACGAGGCGGCUGGACGGGUAGCCUAAAAGCGGUUGGGGUCCCGGUGAGGAAGAGGGGGAGGGGGGGACGGUGCAAUGGUUUUAGUCAGGAGUGGGGUAGGGGGGGUGUUGGAGAAUGUCACCCCCACCCCUACCAACUUCCCGUCAGGGCAGGCAGGAAGGCCCGACACGGAGAGGCAGGGGUUAAAAACCUAAAUGGAAGAGGUUGCUGAGGUGCGAGGAGCCUCCAUGUUCAGAGGCAGUCUACCUCUAAGCAUUGAGGGGGGCGGUCACCUUUGUCCCUUGCUUUGGAGUCCCCCCUUCCCCGGGGCAUUUGGCGUGCCAACUGUUGUCAAGCAGCGGGGGGAGGGGUUGCGUGUUGCCUGAAAUAGUUAGAGGUAAUCUUCCUCUGAAGUACUUAGAUGUAGUAGUCAAACGAGAAGCGUGAGGGUGGCGGUGCUGCCUUCCUGGAAUGAUCAGGCUGGUUGGAACAAGAUGCUGGAACAACAUACAGUAUUUAAGUAAGAUGGUACCUGACUGGUUGAUUUCAGAAACAGGAUAUUGAACUAGGCGGACAUUUGGCCGGAUCCAGCAGCGCCCCUAGGAUUUUAAGAGCAGGAACGGUUGGGUGGCUAGGGUGACUAGAUGUCAUUAGGGACAAACCUUCUGCCGUAGAACAACAACAAGAAAGCGAUGUGGGUUUGCAAAAGUUGUAAGGCUAUAGCAUCGGGGCAGCUGAGGACCACAGUGACAGAAAAAGCACUGUGGAUCAGAGUGAGCUGAUGAUGGUACAGUGCUGAGGCUGGUGGGGCAAACUUCCACUGGCAAAAAUUGCUUCUGUUUGAAUUGUAGAGUUGGAAGGGACCCAGAGCGCCAUCUGGUCCAAACCCUUGCAAUACAGGAAUCUCAACUAGAGCAUGCAUAACAGAUGGCCAUCUAACCACUGCUUAAAAACCUCCUAGGACAGAGAGUCCACCACCUCCCGAGGUAGUGUGUUUCACUGUCAAGCAGCUCUUACUGUCAGAAAGUUCUUGCUGAUGUUUAGCUUAAGAUGGUCACAACUUUCUUUUUACAAUAUGUGUAGCCAAAAAGAACACAUUUGCCUUUUGAGAAAGAAGGCAAUUCCUCUCUCCCAUUUGCAUACACCAUUGUGCCCAAUAGGUAGUUGUGGUAAGCAGAGGUUGAAUAGCCAUCUGUCAUUGAUGCUUUAGUUGAGACUCCUGCAUGGCAAGGGGUUGGUCUAGAUCCCUUAGGAUCCCUUCCAAUUCUACAGUUCUUUGAUUCUCUGAUUAUUUGGGGGAAGACUUAAGCUUGACGCUUUUGGCACUGGCAUAGCUUGAUUAUGUUAGGGGUUUUUUAAGGCUAAAACACUCUGCUAUUCAUUAGUUUUGUCAAUUUUGAGGUUUGGAGAGGGCUGGUUAUGAGAUUACUUAUUGUUGAUCUAUUGACUCACAAAAACCGUUUCAGAUUACAGGCUGAUAUUCCUGCUCUUUGCACAGCAUAGACUUUAGAUUUAAAAAUGGCGACUCAUUCAAGGACACACAUUGCAUGUCCUUGGCUGAUUUUAAAAAAAGGUCUUCUAGGAGUGAAGUUGGUUUUUUUGUUUUGUUUUUUAGUAUUCGUUCUUAAACCUUAGUGCAUAACUAGCAAAUUAGAAGGACCGUGGUGCUUUAGGUAUUAAUCAUUUAAAUAUGUGUUUCUGCAUUUCUGGUAGUUAUAUGGCUGUCAUUAUCCAUUCCAUCACAGAGCAAACAAAUGGUGCAUGUUUAGUUAAUAUCCAGCUUUUAGGAGUAUGCUUCAGCUGUAAUGGAAUUUACUGAAAAAGUAAUUUAAAACACAUUACUUCCAAAUAUGAGAGGUGCUAUCAGGAAGUCUGCACCUUUCUCUUCAGGAAAAAGGAACAUAAAAGUUUUCCCAGCUGCAUCCGUCGACGGUCCACCUUCCUAGUCAAGCAUUCUGUUUCUAACCCCGGGCUCUUUACUGCCUUUUCCUAGUGUCUGGGUGUUAGGGUAGGGGCAGUACCACCAGUGGAGGACACAUGGUGUUCCUCCUGGGUUAGUUUGUCUACCUUUGGUCCCUACCCUGCACUCAGCUCUCACCUGUGGCUCCUAGAAGCUGUCAGCACACUCCAGGGACUGCUUCCACUGGCCGGCUAAACCAGAGGAGGGUUAGCCGAUGGGUCUCAAACCCUUGGUGAGUUAGGGACUUCCCCCUUCAUAGCGGUUUGAGUGGAUGAGACCAAGAGUGGGUCCAUUGAUCAAGAAGGCAGUUUCUGCAUGUGCUGUAGAGGGAAGUGAGGAGCGGAUGGGGUUCGUCAACCUGGGAAAGUAGCCCAUGUAGGAGAAGGAAGACUGAUCCUAAACCUCUGCUGCCUUGCAGGUCGUAUUUGGGAGAUGAAAAGACUUAAGGUAUAAACCCUACACAAAUCCAGAGUGGAAUCCCUAAGACGGUUGAAUGGCACCAUAUGUCUACCUAGCCCAGCAUUGCCUAUGCCAACAUAUGACUGACUUGUUGUAUGGAAACUUCCGAUGAAAAGGAAACAUAAGUACAAGACUGAAAAUAACUUUUUUUGCACAGCUAGCAGCUUCCUCUGUUCAGUAAUCAAUACCAGCCUCCAUUUCAGUUACUAAGCUUCACAAAAAAGUUUCAAGGAAAGCAGAGCAAUGCAUUUGGCCCCAGCUUGGCUGCAGGAGUUGUCGGAAGGCGGCGUACAACACACCAUCCAACUGGCUUAGGAACUCUGCUCUGGAUUUGUGUAGGGUUUACUCCUUUUUUUUCUGAAGAUGUCGUGCAAAGCAAUGGAGGUUUAGGAUCAGAGUUUUCCGUCUACCUUCUAAGGUUGAUAAGCCCUAUCUGCUCCUGUUCCCUCCACAGCAUGUGCAAAAACUGCCUUCUUUAUCGUUGGUCAAGAGAUUAUUGAUCUUGUCUGCUCAAUCCACCAGAGCUUGUCUUUGCAUGCAGGGAAAGUUCCUAACUCACCAAGGGUUUGAAACCCAUUGGCUACCCUCACCUAGUUUAGCCAGCCAGUCAAAGUCAUUUCCCGGGGUGUGGCUGCUGAAACAUGCUGACAGCUUCUAGGAGCCACAGGUGAGAGCUGAGUGCAGGGUGGGGACCAAAAGUGGAUAAACAGCCCCAGAAGAAGCACAAUGUGUCCCCAACCAGAUGUACGACCCCUUCCCUAAUACACCAUACAUACCUUGGAAGGUGUAUUGUAGCUAAAUAAUGCAAUAAGGUACUUCUGCUCAUGGUAUAUACUUUAGCAAUAUGAUAAACCUUUUGGUAUAUUUGUAGUAUGUAAUAGAUAAGUCAUAAUGGAAGAUUUUCCAAAGAAUCCACUUAUUGGGAGUAAUAGCUCAGCUUUUAGGGCGUGUCUUUUUCUUGUAGUUUAGAGCUUCUGACUGAGGACAUUUUAUUUUUUUCAGUUGAAUCCUGACUUUUGGGAAAGAGGAACAUGGGUUUCUAAUACCAUGAAAAUCUCCUCAGUAGUGUUAUAGUGUCCUUCAGAAAAACUGAAGAAAUAAUUUGCUUCUGAUUGACUUUUUCAUUUGCAUUCUCCAUCUUUAAAGCUGAGGCCUGCCUCUUUAAUAAUUUCUGCUUCUCAGAUUGCAAGUGGCUUUAAGUUUGCUUCUUUUCAGGGGGGAAAGUACACUCGGAUAAAAGGUUACUCAGCUCCCAUGUAUGGAUUUAUUGUCACUUUAGUUUUUGUGAUAAAAUUACUCCAGUAAGCCUGAUGAUCUGUACAGUAUGCCUUUCUAAAUCUCAGAAGCGGCAGCUGGUGUUCGACCUAUAGAACCCUUUCACUUUUAAUAAUUCCUCCGUAAAGUUUCUUGAUUUUUAUUUCUGUGCUCUUUUCACUAAAACAGGCUGCAGUAAAUUCCUGUGCGUAUGUAGAAUACUAGCUUAUUAGAGGAGAAACGUUUGAGUUUCAAGAACAUUUUGUUUGAUGUUGUAGUGUGUGGUAAAGGUAAAGGGACCCCUGACCAUUAGGUCCAGUUGUGGCCGACUCUGGGGUUGCGGCGCUCAUCUCGCUUUAUUGGCUGAGGGAGCCGGCGUACAGCUUCCGGGUCAUGUGGCCAGCAUGACUAAGCCACUUCUGGCGAACCAGAGCAGCGCACGGAAACGCCGUUUACCUUCCCGCGCAAGCGGUACCUAUUUAUCUACUUGCGCUUUGACAUGCUUUCGAACUGCUAGGUUGGCAGGAGCUGGGUCUGAGCAACGAGAGCCCACCCCGUCACAGGGAUUCGAACUGCCGACCUUCUUAUCGGCAAGUCCUAGGCUCUGUGGUUUAACCCACAGCGCCACCCACGUCCCAUAGUGUGUGGUAGGCUGCUGCUAAUAUUUUUUAUACCAGAAAAGAUGCAAUUGGGAUAUGACCUAUCCACCAUUCUGCUGGAAGAACUUCCUAAUUUGGGGCUAUCAAAUAUAAGCACCAAGGAAUCCUUACCAAGGCUACAUCAUUGGUAAGGAAAUGAGGCCUUUAAUAGGAAAGCAGGCUAAACCAACACUUGACAGUGAUAGCAUAGUAGUGUUCUCUGCUUAAGAAUCCUGCUGGGUCAGGCCAAAAGCUCAUGUAGUUCAGCAUCCUGUUUUCCAAGUUGGCUAACCAGAUGCAUCCAGGAAGUCAACAGGCAUGGCUUGAAGGCUGUUUUCUUGCUGAUAGCCCCUGCAGCACAAUACUGGUGACACUCUUAUCUUCCAUGAAUUUCACUUAAGCUAGUGCCCAUUGCUUCUUCCAAGCAGCAUUCAAAAUUCACCAGGUGUAUUUUGCACUUGACUAUGGCCACUUGCAACCAAGUGAAGAUGCCUGGGCACCAGGAUGGCUCCUGACAUCUCCACCAUCUGGAGACGCAUUCCUGGGGAUCCUUGGAUCUUGACUGUUUUCACACACACUAACAGCACAUCUUGUAGAAUUCUACCUGUUAUAUUCUAUCUGCACAAUCAGAAUGAAUUUCAGGAAGCAAAAAGUCCUAUUGCAAAAUACGACUUUUGAUCUGUCAGGCCUAGAUUAUAUAUCUUAAGGUUCUAACACAAGAAGUGUAUGGCUGGCUUCUUUGGAAAACAGAAACCUAGAUCAAAUGAACCUUAGUUUGAUCCAGAAAGGCUGCUAUUAUGGGUUGUAUCCAAUGCAGUGCUAUUUUAAAGUCACUUAGCAGUAUAUUUGUCAUCAUUGGCCAGAGGAAUGUUGUGCAAUCUGUAAUUCUUGCAUUGGAUUCCUCUUGCUUAAGGGCCCUUGUGCUGGCAGGCAGAGAACACUGGAUACAGCCUUGUGCUUUUAGAAGAGAGAAUUAAAUUGUUCGGUUUUUCUCAAAGCAAAUAAUGUUGCUUACAGUCUUCCUUUUCUCAUCCACCUUUCACCACCCCCCCCCCAAAAAAACCCCUUUGCAGUGAAAUACAUGGACAUGUGAUGUUUCUCCUCUGAAAACAUGGAGUGGGUUCUCCUGAAUGCCAUCUGCUGAGAUUCACAUCUGUUAAUUUAGGGAGAGCUGAUGCUGAGACCGGUAAGUAACCCCUUGAAAUAGGCUUAUAGUGUAUUCUGCUUGGUUAGACCUAAGGUGUUCUCAUUUAUGUGUCUUUUUGACUACUGUGGUUCAUAAUUUUAAAAUAUGCACACAACCCCAAAGGGAACCUCCUGUUCAAAGGAUCAGGUAACACGUUAUGUAAACAUUCUCUGCCUAGGUGGGCAAGUAGCCUAACCAGGUAAAAAGGAGCUUCCUAGGUUUCAUCCCUGAGCGAGGCUGAUGGGAACGUACAGCAGUGAGUCAGUUGAUAACCUUUGUUGAAUGGGUUUGUUUGGCUCACAGGCAGGGGCCAACAGAUCUUUGAUUAGCCAGACCUGUGGUUUCCAGGAUCCUUCCUUUCCUCCAGUGCGGCGGCAAACAGAGUCUUAUAUCUAGCAUCAUACAGAGUUUCAGGACACCUCUGGAGUGCAGCAUAAUCUUAAGAGGACAUCUCUCAGCCAGCUCCAGACUUUGAAGGGGGCUUGAGUGUAUCUGUCUGCUGCAUUCUUGAACUGCUUGGAACGCCUCCCAAGCACUUCCCAGAGGUGAGGGAGACACUUGCCAGCACACGUGUGUUUGUGCACCUGUGACCGCUUGUCAUUUAUAUCUCACAUUUCCUUUAUUUCUUACAGUACGCAGCUGGGGGAAUUCCUGACCGCCAAUCCCAAACAGACAGAACGGCUGCUUACUUGUGUUUUUCCAAUUGGUCUCGCUUAAGUAGGAGAAUGGAUCCUGAUAUUCGCUGCUGCAAAGUGUAAUUUAGUUUUGUUUGUGUGUCUCCCACCCCCGAACUCUAGAGUUUCAGGAAGGGACCAUGGAUCUGCCCAGUGGGAGAAGUUUCAUGCAAGUUCUCUGUGAGAAAUACAGCCCCGAAAACUUCCCGUACCGUCGUGGUCCUGGAAUGGGCGUUCAUGUCCCAGCUACACCUCAGGGCUCACCUAUGAAAGGUACAAUUUCUGGCUGCCUCUUGACUUAUGUCGGAGUGUGUUUCUCUUGUCUGACAGUCCAAGGGACAUGGUUGAAAAGUUGUUUGAGAUGGGGUUCCUUAUUCAAUCUUUCCUCCAAUUAUAUGAAUGGGGGGAGUGGCUGAAAUUAGAUCUAGUUUUCUUUCCAUAAUGCAAACUCCCCUCCCCACCACACACACACACACAACAUACCAUGCAGCGUAAUUUUAAAGUGCUGUCAGGUUGAUUUGUAUCGCAACCAUCCCCAAAGGGAGAAGAACGAGGAAAUUAUUUGGGUGGAAAUGAUGGUAACUGAGUUUGACAGAAAAGAGCAGAAUUAAGUUGAGUCAGUCAAGGACAGAAUGCACCAUAUGUCACUCAAAAUGAACCACAAUGGAGUCACCUUAACAAAAACUUCCAGGCUAGUCCUCUAAAGUCUUCUUUUGUGGGCCUAGAAAUGAUAAAAAAGUCACCUUAUCCAUGAACCUAUUCCAUCUUCUAACAUGCUGAAAUAAUACUGUAUAUGUUGCAGCAGAUUGCCCGUCUCAUAUUUGAUGUGCAGCCCUCAAAAUGCCCCCUCCCCUCUGCUCAACAGCUCCCAAAAUGCACAGUUGAUCUUACACUUGCCCUGUUCACAUUCUUACCUAUUAUGUUGUUGUUCACAUAGAAGCACUUUAACAUACAGGGAGGUAAGAGCUUACUACAUGAUUCCAUCUUUGAUGUUGCCAUCGAGCGUAUUCAGCAAACAGUCUUUUUGAAUGUUCUUGCUGAUUUCCCCUCUUCAGUGGUUGUCAUAAUUCACCGUCUCUGACAUCUUAAAUGGGGUUUGGGAUCCUGUUCAAAAUAGCCACCUGGUUGCAUAAUACAAUUUUUGCGUGUAUUGGACUCAUGAUGAACUCAUCAUGUUGCAAAAGCUGGAUCCUGAGCUGGGGUAUGUGAUCAGGUUGUCUCAGGUUUGGGACUGUUACACUCAGUCUUCAGAAGUACACAUGUCAUGAUUUUGCACCAAAAUCAAAAUUUAUUUAUUUAUUUAAAAGCAUUUAUAUACUGCUUAGUAUUUCAAAAAUAUUGUUAAGUGGUUACAGUUUGAGAAACAGGACAAUAUAUCAUUAAAACAGAAACACAACCUAAAAAUGGGAGAACAGCAAAAUUGGAAGCACACGAAAACAAAUUUGGACGAUUCAAACAAAUAAGCCUCAUAAGAAAAUGCCUAUUUACAGAGUGGCAUCCGACUCAGUCUUAGAGAACUAUUGAAAUCAAUUAUUUUGUUGUUGUUGUUAUUAUUAUUAUUAUUUAUAUACCGCCCUAUACCCACAGGUCUCAGGGUGGUUCACAGAAUAAAAUCAGAAUAUAAAACUACAAAAUACAUAAUCAAAAUAAAAACAACAACAAGACCCCCUCAACACACUAUAAAAGGGCAUAGGAUGUCAAUCAAAUCAACCAAAGGCCUGGUUAAAAAUGAAUGUUUUUGCUGGCGCUUAAAGGUGCAUAAAUGAAGGUGCCAGGCGAACUUCCCUGGGGAGAGCAUUCCACUUCAAGGGACUGAAGUCAGGCAUGACUAAAACUCAUUGGUUUCAAUGGGUCCACUCUGCCCUAGAUAGCAACCACAGAUUUGGGUUUCGUUUUUUUAAUUGUAAGACAUCUUCCUUCCACCAAGUGAGAGCUGAGGCAAUUCAUGGCAUGUCAAUAAAGCAUCAUGAAAGCAGCUCUUGAUAACAAAAAAUAACUGACCCAUAUACACAUAUGAAUGGCAAUCAGGAUGAAUUUUCGGUGUACCCUUACUGGGAAUUCCAGAUGCUGAACCAGAUGUGAUUUUGCAGUCCUUGACAUGGGGACAUCCUGAAUAAAGUAGUAGUCUUCAACUUUUUCACAUCUGGUGACCACUGUUAAUCUCAUCCUACACAGCAACCCACUUAAUUCUUAAUUGUAGUUACUGGCUACAUCUGUCUUUCCCCCCUUCUCUCGCUCUCUCUCCUCCUCCUCUUUCCAGAACUUAGAAAUGGUGCCACCAGUAUGAGCAGCCUUAGCUCUGAGCAAAACCCAGUUUUGGGUCAUCAGCUAUCUUUUUUUGAAGGCCAGUUAACUAAGUGACUUUGGGACAGUCUCAGUGUUAUUUUUACCUAUGGCUGUCUAUAAAAUGUCUGCAAGGAAGAAAAGCACCUGAAGGCCUGAAUCUUUGUAGCAAGUGAAUUAUCACAUAUACAGUGGUACCUCGGGUUAAGUACUUAAUUGGUUCCAGAGGUCCGUUCUUAACCUGAAACUGUUCUUAACCUGAAGCGCCACUUUAGCUAAUGGGGCCUCCUGCUGCCGCCGUGCCACCGGAUUUCUGUUCUUAUCCUGAAGCAAAGUUCUUAACCUGAAGCUCUAUUUCUGGGUUAACGGAGUCUGUAACCUGAAGCGUAUGUAACCUGAAGCGUAUGUAACCCAAGGUACCACUGUAGUUAACAUAAACCAACCUGACGAGGCAAAAUUGCUUAUGAAUGUGAUGCAUUGCCCAUUGCUUCAUUAAGCAAUUUUUUUCACCAGUUAUCGUGUGAUCUGACUCGGUUUCCCCCAGCUUGUACAGGCGAUUCUUUUCAUCUGCUGAAAUGAGACCACCCCACAAAUUAAUGUGCUGUCAUUCCUGCCUUUCCAGAUCGUCUCAACCUCCCAAGUGUGCUGGUGUUGAACAGCUGUGGAAUAACCUGUGCAGGGGAUGAGAAUGAGAUCGCUGCCUUCUGUGCUCAUGUGUCCGAACUGGAUCUGUCUGACAAUAAACUAGAAGACUGGCAUGAGGUAGAGGAGAUUGUUUGAACAGUUACACAGACAGCUGCUUUUGCUGCAGGCAGAUUUGGCUGCUCCAGGUGGAUUCUAACUCACAUUUGGAAAUGCCAGCUCAGCUUUAUUGUGAUGGACCCAAAGCUUGUUAAUCUGGGAGGCUUUUGAACUUCUCCCACCUUCCAUUCCUUCUCCCAACUUCCCUGGAGCAUGAGCUUCCUCUUCCUGAAUCAGUAAGGCCUACUCUAACUUCCAUUUCUCAGCUCAUGAGUCUCUUUAGGGCACCCAACACCCAUCUACUGCCCUGUGUGGCUCCUGCUAAGCUGCCACAGUUUCACCUACCAUAUGGGAGAUAAAAAGGUAAAGGGUCCCCUGACCAUUAGGUCCAGUCGUGGCUGACUCUGGGGUUGCGGCUCUCAUCUCACUUUAUUGGCUGAGGGAGCCGGCGUACAGCUUCCGGGUCAUGUGGCCAGCAUGACUAAUCCGCUUCUGGCGAACCAGAGCAGUGCACGGAAACGCCAUUUACCUUCCCACUGGAGCGGUACCUAUUUAUCUACUUGCACUUUGACGUGCUUUCGAACUGCUAGGUUGGCAGGAGCAGGGACCAAGCAGCAGGAGCUCACCCCGUCGUGGGGAUUUGAACCGCCGACCUUCUGAUCGGCAAGUCCUAGGCUCUGGUUUAACCCACAGCGCCACCCGCGUCCCUUAUUUGGGGAUAGUUGCCCUCUAACUUGGUACCUGUUCAAUUUCUCUGGGGUUCCAUCUGGCUUGUGAAACACACCUGGCUGUUACCAGCAUAUGGAAAGAUGGUUUCAAAGAGGUCAAUCAGCUUCAUGAAUUCCUUACUAGGAGUAUACUUGGAUCAGUGUGCAAGAGGGGUUGGAAGCUAACAUUGCUGCACCCUCCUAUCCAACCUUCUGAAAGCCCUUAAUUGUCCCUGUCUUUCCCCACCCCACCCCCAACCCUUGAGGAAUUUGAAUCAUGCCUACUUGGACCUACGUGGAGUUCUGAAUGUGCUCCAGUCAAUAGUAUGCCAGUCUCGUAGUCAUGACCGUCCAGCGGAAUGGCCAUGUUAGUUUGUUGCAGUGAAAGCAACAAAGAUUGCAUUCAAACAUCAGCACAUAAAGGCCUGAGAUCCCGGGCUCAUGUGCUCCAUCUUUCCCCUUCCCUCAUACACAAGAGAGGAGAUGGUGGCAAAGUGCAGUUUACCAUUUUGUCUGGACCUGACAAAUUACAUUUUUAUGCAAAAAAGUAAUCAAAUUGUGAUGUGGACGCUUGGUUUGUAAGCAAACUAUGGUUUGUGCAAACCUUAGUUUGUCAGGUCUGAAAACGCUACUUGUCUUGUAAGAACGUAAGAGCAGCCCUGGUACAAGCCCAGCAUCCCACAUCACUUCCCACAGUGGUCAACCAGGUAUCCCUGGGAAGCCACAAGCCGUACACCAAGGUACCCUCUCCCACAGUUCAGAGCACGAUCGUCAAGAGCUCUGAUCAGACGACACAAGAGAUGUGGGAAGGCAAAGACAGACAUGAUGGAAGUGGCUCACUGCCACUGUCUUUUCACAUCCACCAGACAGUGUGUGCAUAUUCUAAUCCUGGAGACCAGAGGCUGUGGUACAUGUGCUCACAUAAGUCAUUUGGGGGAAUGUAUAUAUGUGAGGAGGUGGGGCCAUUUGCUGCCAUGCAUGCUAUAUGUUGGCAAACCUUAGGGGUCACAGCCCUUCAGGGCCUGAAACUUAGGACUGGCAGGGGCCUUUCAAGGGACAUUUCCAAGUCUGGCAAGCCAAAAGUCUUCUAACUAGCAAUGCCAGCUAUUGCAUCUUGGACUGAGUUUUCUGCAUUGCAGGGGGUUGGACUCGAUGACCCUUGGGGUCCCUUCCCACUCUACAGCUUUGUUAUUCCAUGACUGUUCCAUGUGCAGAUCAGCUGCUUUGCCACUGAGCUGUGGGUACAUUCCGCUUGAAAUAACACCCUGGUUCUCUGUUGGUUCUAAAACAGUCCUGACUACAUAGCCUCUGUCAUUGAUGCCCCAAUUGCUUUAUCGUAUCAGGGCCCACCUACCACGAAAACUUGCCUGGUUGUAGACUUGAGGUUCGUUUCCUAUUCUUUGAGCCAGUACUACUAAUGACAGUUCGUUCAGUUUCGUACCACAUCUCUUUAUAGCCUAUUUUGUUAAAUGAGGUUGAUUUUGGUUGCAAGAGAGAGUGAAGUAGGUAAGGAAGUUUGUAGCAGCAACUCAAGGUAGGGAUGCAAAGCCAGAGACAAUAUGAGAUGGUCCAUUCCCUGAAGGCUGCAGCCUUCUGACCACAGAACUGCUUGAUUUUUUUCCAAACUGAAGCCCUAAGAGAUCUAGGAAUUUGCUUUGUGGAGUGGGGCAGAAUGAAAACUCAGAAUCUCUGGAAUAAAAGUUCUUUCCUGGAAAUGGAAUUCAGUGCAUGCAAGAUGGCAGAAACAAUGAAUAACCCUUGGUAAAAUAGCCCUUUUGACCAAUGUUGGCUCUUGAGAGGCGUUUUGUUCCCCCUUUAGCUGCCAUUCAAGUAGAUUUUAUGAAGCCUGCCAGCGAUCUGGUUUUUCCCCUUAUCACAGUUUUUUUUUUAAAAAAGUGUAAUUAAAUGAAGCAUUGAGGUGAACAAGCAAUUAGCCAAUCAAUCUAGAUCUGCGAAUAGCAGCGGUAUGAAUUACAGAUAACUAUCUUGAAUGCUGUUAGAAUUCGUAUCAUUCUUUAAGUCAGUGAGCCGUACUGGGAGUUUGGGUCCCAUCCUGACCUGUCGUUAUCCCAGCCCCCAUGGACAGAAUAUUUGAGAUUUGAUUACUGCCUGAUAUGCUUUUCUUUCUCCUUUUUUCUUCUUCUUUCUCUGCUCAGGUCAGUAAAAUUGUGUCAAACGUCCCCCACCUGGAGUUUCUGAACCUGAGCUCCAACCCUCUGAAUCUGUCGGUCUUAGAGAGGACGUGUGCUGGGUCUUUUGCCGGCAUUCGGAAACUUGUGCUCAACAACAGCAAAGCAUCCUGGGAAACGGUCCAUACAAUACUGCAAGAAUUGCCAGAGUAAGCCUGGAGCAGCAAGGGCAGGUGCCCUUUACGGACAGAUUGGCGUAUCAAACAGCAAGUAACAGAAGUUUGUGCAUUGGAUCAGAAGCCCCCAGUUCAAAGCCUGUUGCAGCCGUGAAAUUCAUUUAGGAAAACAGCUAUAGGAUUGCUAGUCCUACUUAGAGUAGACCCAUUGAAGUUAAUAGACAUAACUAACCUAGUAGCUCAAAAUGUUGUACUAGUCCUCUUGCCCCCAUGUAGCUGUGUUAGUCAUGACGGCUUGAGUUGAUUGCAACCUGUUGCUGUCAGUCGGGCGAGUGGCUGUUCUGAAGCUUGUCAUUGUUAGCAGCCUGUUGCAUUUAUGAUAAAUAGUUUGCAUGUAUACCAUAUUUUAGAAUGUUCAGAGAGCUUUAGCUACAUUAAUCCCUACAGUAACUCUGUAAGGUAGACCAGGAUGCUGAGCUGUUUUAACCUUAGACAAAAGAGGUGGUUAAUUUGCAAGCUCAUGUAGAGGCGAAGAGUUGAACCAGGACUUCCUAAUAUAGAAGAAAGUCUUCUUCUCUGCUUCCUACGUAGGGCUGUUCUACACAGUGCCAUGUAAUAAGGUGGUAGAGUGGAUUGAACCACUUUGUAGUGCAGGUAGGAGUCUAUGUACAUGAAUGCACCAAAUUCCCUGCAAGUAGCACUUCGGCAUAGGCAAAGUGCUGGACUAGAUCUUUUCUCUCUGCUGUGCUACCUUUCUGCUUUCAGGGAUUUUAUUUUUAUGUGGUGGUGAGCAUUCAGAAGUACUUGUGCUCCGCCUGUAGUCUGAAGUGCUCCAGCUAUGUCACCUGAACAGUCCACAACCUCAUUCUGCUGUAUUUCAAAGGAUUUGUGCCACAUAAAGAUAAUGUUAUUUCCAAUAUCGCACUAACUCUGAACUGCCAAGUGCACUGAUGCAAAGCCCUGCCCCCCAAUCUUGAUUUGCAGAUGGUGGUGCUCCGGUGUGUGUGUGUGUGUGUGUGUGUGUGUGUGUGUAUAUAUAUAUAUAUAUGUGUGUGUGUGUGUGUGUGUGUGUGUGUGUGUAUAAUUUUAUUAGUUUUUUUAACAUAUCAUUUUCAACAGUAAUUAAAUAUACUUUUACAUCUUAUUCAAAUUUUUGACUUCCAUCAAUCCUGUCUGAAAAUUCUCCAAUCUAAUCUCUCGGUAUGCAUUUCUUAUCUUCCCUAUUACAUUUCAAACUCAUAACCAAUAUCUCUAUCUUUUUCUACUUUGUAACACUUUGUAUAUUUCUCCUUACAAAACUUCUUGUAGUCCUACUAACAUAAUUUGUUGAUUACAGUUGCUCUUCAAAUAAUUCAUAUACUUCUUCCAAUCUUCUGUAAAUCUCUGGUCCUGUAGGUUUCGAAUCCUUUCUGUCAUUUUGUCCAAUUCUGCAUAGUCCAUUAAUUUCGUCUGCCAUUCUUCUUUCGUCAGAAUUUCUUCUUGUUUACAUUUCUGGGAUAACAAUACUCUUGCCGUAGUUGUUGCAUAUAAAAACAAUUUAACAUCUUGCCUAUUAAUGUCCUGACUUAUAAUACCAAGUAAAAAUGCUUCUGGUUUUUUAAAAAAUGUAUAUUUCAACUUAUAGCUUAUUUCUAUUUCACUAGAAGCCUUGGACAUAUAAUAACAUUUAAUUUUUUCUUCUUGCAGCUUGGAGGAACUCUUCCUGUGCCUUAACGACUAUAAAACAGUGUCUUGUUCUCCAGUUUGCUGCCACUCUCUCAAGCUGCUCCACAUAACUGACAAUAAUCUCAAAGACUGGACUGAAAUCCGAAAGUUGGGGAUAAUGUUUCCAUCACUGGACACACUGGUUCUGGCCAAUAACUACCUGACAGCCAUUGAAGACUCAGAAGAUUCUCUGGCAAGGCUGUUUCCACACUUGCGAUCCAUCAGUCUGCACAAGUCAGGUGAGGUCCCCAGUGAAACAUGCCCUUCUGGAUCCAGAUUUAAGACUUGCUAUAAAUCUUUCUAACAUCCACACACACUUCAAAUCUUGCAAUUGAAUGUGCUGCCUCUAUCAACAUGAUCUUGUUAAUAUGGUAAUGAGAAGGAAGGAAGCAUUGGUCUGUGCCCACAUUUAAAUUUUAUUUUGGUUUUAUUGCUGACUCCUAAACUACACCUCAUCACUUAUUUCCCAGUGGACCAGUGUUCUUCAGCAUCUGCCCGUGCAGUUUCCUAAAGCAUGAAGUUACUGUACUGUGAAAUACUAUCUUGUUUACCAUUGAUGUAUUAGCCUAGUUGACUGGCUCUUGAUUGUUUUUUUGUGAUCAUGGACAAGGAGCGAUGGGAGAGGGUAUUGGGAGAUACAAGCUUUUUAGAAAAAUGAGGAUGGCACAUCUCAUUAGAAUUCAAAUUCAUUUUUCCCAUUCCUCAAGCCCUGUGGGUCAGGAGUGGGGCACUCCAGAUGUUGCUGAACCACAAUUCCCAUCAGCCCCAGCAAGCAUGGCCGUUGGCCAAAGGAUGUUGGGAGUUGUAGUUGUGCAGCAUCUGAAGGCAAAAGAUUCCCUGUACCUAGUUUAGCUUCUUCUUAUAUUUUUACUGCUUGUGUGUGUAUGAGAGGGUGAGUUGGACACCAAAGGGAUUUUCUGCUUGAUUCACUAGCAUGCCCUUGGUUUGCCUCUGUGACAGGCUAGGUCCAUGCAUUUGGCAAACUGAGGCAGUCAUGAAAUACUAGAAUCCUGAGAGGGUAGAACAGUCUUCAUCACAUCAGACUGAGAUACGUUUACAUGGGUGAACAUUCAAAAAAUGUUCUGCCACGUCCACCCAAAAAUGGAAGUGGUCCAAUCCAUUGUAUUACCUGAUUUGACUGCUUCCAUAGACUAGGCUUGAGAGUAAUUUAUAAUUCUGAUUGCACAUGUACUGGUGGAAUGUCAACGUCUCCUUGUUUUCCCCAGUCGAUUUUAUGCACAGACACAAGAACACCCAAUUACUUUGAUUUGCCUUCCUUCCCUGAACACUCCCUUUCUUUAAAGCAGGUCUGCAAUGCUGGGGAGACAUCGACAAACUCAAUUCUUUUCCCAAGCUCGAGGAAGUGAGGUUACUGGGCAUUCCUCUCCUUCAGCCAUACACCAAUGAGGAGCGCAGGAAGCUGGUAAUAGCCAGGUCUGCAGAUGUUUUUUGUUGUUGUUCUUGGUUGACUCUGAGUUAAUGCAGCCAAAAUAGUGUGGCCUUUAAAACUUUUGAUGCCUCCCUGGGCUCCAUUGGGAGGAAGGGCCAGAUACAAAAUUAAUGAAUGAUUAAAGCAAGCAUGAAUGGCUCAGAUUUUUGAGCAGGUAGAGUGUGGGAGUAGCUGUGGGAAACGGCCUGUAUGUGGAGUUGACAACUGUUGAGUCGUAUGAGCUCUGAACUCUUUACUCCUGGGGGGAAGAUAGAAGCAGGAAAUAAUAUUCUCUUGUGGGUGUUAAAUUAUUCCACAUAUUGUGAGGAGCUGCCACCUUGCUUCCAAACAUGCCAAAAUACCAUCCUUGCAUCCGAACUGAAGGAACUAUGGGGAAAUCAGACCAACAGUAAGCUUUCUGAGUCGAAGCUGUUACCUCAGUUUUGGUUAAGUGCAUUGCUGAGUACCAGAGGAAGGAAGUUGUCCUGGCUUGGUUGCGGAUUGGGCAAUGAUUACUCAUCAAAAUCUUUUGAGGGGGAGUCCCCAUCCAUCAACAUGCCUUAUAGUGUUCUCACUUGUCAAAAGGAGCUUUCUUGAGUGCUAAUUAUUUUCAAGCGCUCAGCAGGUCUUUUCCCAUAAAUGCAGUUCUCUGUUCCGAACUCAGCCUCAGUUCUGGGGGACAGUGUUGAUCUAUAAGCCUUAUUCAGGUUCCUGAACUCUUUUGGCUAGCUGUACUCUUUUUAAGAAUGUUUGGAUUAUUGAGAAUAAGUCUGAUGAAAGAAUUAUCCCACAUUUCCUACAAGCUAGCAACAUAGGCUAGGUGCUGCUGAAACGAACUUCAGUGUAUGUGUUCUUUGCAUAAAAUCUGUCAUCUUGGCUAAACAUGUUCAUGGCUAAAACUCUGCACUUGGAACUUAAAAUUAUAUAGCUUUGUUUACAUGUUUAAAAGACAAAUGCCCCACUUUUCUAUCUAUUGAAGUAGCUUAUGGAAACAAUUUUUUAAAAAUUAUUUCGAUUUAAGUAUUUCAUCUAAUCAUAAAACAACUACAACAACAACAACAACAACAACAACAACAAUAAUAAUAUAAUAAUACUUUAUUAAAUUUGUAUACUGCCCCAUACCCACAGGUCUCAGGGCUGUUACAGCAUAAAAUCGCAAUAUAAAAACACAAGUUACAUUAAAAAAUAAUAAUAACCCCCUUUCCCCAAAUGCAAAAUCUCAAACAGAAACUAACAUUCAGCAAUUCCCCAUCUUUUUGCAUUUGUGGAAGUCUUUUUCUUCCACAAUUUUUUUCCACAAAUUUCUUUUUCUUCCACAAAUUUCUUCCACAAAAUCCUUUCCUUUUUGCAUUUGUGGAAGUCUUAGGAGUAGACCACUAUCAGACAUGACCAAAACAUUUGCAUCUCUAACUUGCCUUCCUGUCCUUACCUGAGGGUUGGCUGCCUUUCUGUUUGAAUUCUGCACAGUCGGGAGGCAACACUUAACAAAUGCCUUGCUGAACUUACAAUACUUUGAGUGCCAGUAUUUAUUUUUAUUUUUAUUUUGAAAAAAGCUCUUUUGAAAUCCUGUCACAUAUGCAUUUAUGUUCAAAUUUUAACACGUGGUUUCGGAUUAAAUUCUCUUCGCCAAGGCACCUGCAUAAUAAAACACAUUUCCUUUAAGAGUUCAUGUUUUCAAUUAUCUGGGGAAAUCCCAUGGGAAUGCAAUGCUCAUCAUUUUGCUGUUGUCUGUUAAAUUUGGGGGGUAUUCUUUUUUCCCUUGUUGAGAUGGUAACAUUUCCACCUCUUUUGAACAUGGCAGGUUACCGUCUAUCAAUAAGCUGAACGGGAGUGUCAUUUUGGAAGGAGAGCGAGAGGACUCUGAGAGGUUUUUUAUUCGUUACUACAUGGACUUUCCACAAGAGGAAGCCCCUUUCAGGUGAGAACUUCUGAUCCCAGAAGUUUUAGAAUAGGAAAUGAGUUUGUUUAAAGUCCUUGAGUCAUGUAUGUACCAUAGUUCCUAGAAACUAUGAGCUGUAAACUGAGAUCUCACCUUUGCCACAUGCUCAUUAGAUUCCCUAUCUGUCAUCAGUGUAGAUAUAAUAAUACUGACCUUCUUUUCAAGGGUAUUGUUAGGAUUGCUGAAUCUAAAAUGCUAGACAAAUGUUAAAUUGUAUGGUCAAAGUGUGAAUAUUUUCACCUGUUUAUCAUUUAUACCAUAUUGUCAGUGUCCCUGGCACCUUACAGUUUUAUGUUGGCAGGAUGUGUCUGUUAGUUCUGUGUAAGUGAUUGAUACUCCCACCUCACUAAGCUGAGCCCCUACUGAGAAGUCAGCAUCCUCUGGGAAUGGGUUCCAGUCUGUCAGUUCGGUGCCAGCACUCAGUGGCUAAUCCUCUUGCCAUCUGGUGUUUAAGCACCCUUGAGUUCCAGAGACGUAUGUGCCCAAACCGAAUGUAUUUAGAUGGCAUCGCCUGUGUGCCAUUUUCAUCCUUCCUUCACAAAGGAGUGAAAACUUGGCCAUGCUCCAAGCCAUCAGCUGGAAUGCCUGGCUACUCGUUGGCACUUUGCAUUCCCAAGCACAAGAGCAGUUUUGAAAAGGGUUCCUUGUUCUCUCUCUCUCUCUCUCUCUCUCUCUGGGGCAGAGUCAGGUGUGCAGGCUGACCUGACCGCUGGAAAAAGGUGUGGGGUUAAGAGGAGAAGGCAGGAGGCCCAGCUGCAGAGAGGCCACUCCAGCAUGGGGGCUGAUACAACUUGGUGGCAGCCUUCUCUAAUGGCACCAGAGUGUACUAACCUGUCUAAAGGAAUCCUUCAAAAACUUUUUUUAAAAAUGCCACAGUGUGCAACUAGCAGUCCACAGGGCAGCACUUCCUGGAGCAGUCUGUCUUCUAAAAGGGAAGGGGAAAGUCUUUCGAGAUCCAUAGAAGUGGGUUGAGGGUGGGAACGCAGGCCAGAAGGGAUGGAGGAAAAGGGCUGAGGGAGAGCUCUGACUUGCAAAGGGUUCUGUGGCAAAAUGUCCUCCUAUGUUUUGAGGCCCUGUUGAGUGGAAGACAGUAGGGUCUGUCUGUGUGACCCCUAUGAAUAACUUGCUUGAAGAACAAUACAGGCAGCUCUCUGUUUACUUGGGGGUUACGUUCAAGUGAAAUCGUGUAUAUUUGAAACACCAUUUUAAAAGCCUGCAAACCCACCAUCCCUCCCCUUUUCGUGACAUUUGUAGGUCACUUUCAGGUUCAGCGCGACAUGCGCAUGCACAGUCAUGCACAUACCAGAUAGCCCUAAAACAGCCGCUGCCUGUACAAAAUAUAUUGCAACCUUUCUCCUUGACUUCUGCAUUAACAGUCGUACAUUCCUGUGGAAUGGGGGGCCGUGCUAUUGUGAAAUGCUCAAAUCUGACCCUCUGUGGGGUGUUCCAUUUAAGGUUGGGGUGAAACACCUCUCCCCUCGUUUCUCAAAAAGUAUGCCCCAUUCUUCUCCUGCUUUCUUUAUGUGAGUGGGGAGGAAUUCCUUUGAAAUCCCAGGAGUUGUUUCCUGCUUACCUUGCUGGAUCUCUCCGGAAAGUGUGGGCAAACAAGAAGACCUGGAGGGAGCGUUGUGACGUUUCCCACCAACCCCACUUCCCAGAAUGCUUUGGAGUGAUGUGAUGUUGCAAGGCAUUCUAGGAAGUGCGGCCUGUGGGAACCUAUAGGUAUCACCCCACAUGGCUUUUCUUAAUGUUGAAUAGCAGGGAGGAAAUGGCCACUCAGAAGUGGCAAUUCCACCCUGAAAUAUUUUGAUAAAUUCUCCUCCCCCACCACCCCACAAAGCAAAUUAUAUUUCCCCCCCCCCCCCCCGGAGGUUUUUGUUUCGUCCUCCCUCACCCACCCAAAAAAUGGUCAAGAAGUAUUUCUUUCAACACUUUUCUAGCAUCGUUGUCAUUUUGUGUGUCGAUUUUUGCUUCCGUUCUAGAAAGCUGUUUUCUGCCUUUUCCAAAGAGGUUUCACGUAGGAAGCAAGGGGAGCUCUGAUCCUCCCCCCGCCCACCUGUUCCCCGGUUCAUAGCCUUUUAAAAAUGCUGCAACCCCUCCCAUCCUUCUGUGCUCAAUGGCCCUUUUGUCCGAAUGCCCUCAUCUGUGUGGGGUCUCUAAAAGACUUGUGCGACCAUUGAAAGCUGUUUUUCCGCUCCACAGAGCUAGUGUGCCAUUUCAGGGAUAUCCAUGGACGAGGCUGCGCAUGGCUGGGGUGGUCUCCCCAGUGGCUAGGGUUCAGGUUCCACAUCCUAGACCUUUGGCCCAUGAUCGAUGUUCAACCUGUGGUUGUGUACGUUUUCCCCACCCUGCACCCCAUUUCAUUCUGGGCCUCCCUCUCCAGCCCAUAUUACAAACAAAAGCCUCUCUAUCUCGUUAGCCCUCCAGUUCUUCCAGGGCUGUGACCUUUACAUGAGCAGUGUCAGUCCUCUGCCCCUACACACCCAAAACAACGACAUUUAAUUCAUUGGUUGAGUCCUGCUUGUGACAUACAUAUAGUGAAAUAAAAAUCACACAUUUUAGUCACAUUAUUGAAUUUGUAAGAACUUUGAUGCUUGAGGAGUAAAGCAUAGCAGCCAUAGUGCAGAAGAACAAAUAGCAAUUCAGGGCACUGACUUUUUAUUCCAGACACCAAAUGACCUGGUUUCUGAGCCAGCAACAGUGUUCUGAAGAAUUGCCUCCUGUGAUAUGAAUCCACAUAAGCCCACAACUUACAUGGAGGCUAUGCUUCAGGGAUCGACCCUAAAGCAAAAAUCGUGUAUAGUCAAUACACAUUGGGUUCAAUGGUGGGUGGGGAUGCUAAAGUCAUUUUUCCUGGAUGCCCACCCCCUUUCAUUCAUUCAUUCAUUCACUUUGCCAAGCAUGCGCAACUUAAUGCACACAAGUUAAACACAUAAGCUGAAGGCUUACUAUACUUGAUCCUGGAGAACUCCUGGGGCCCUGCUCUGUGUCUCCCUACCUACCCUCAUCUGCUGGAGGUUGCAAGAGAAAGGAGCUUGUAAUAGUGUCAUGCUGUUUUUAUGAGAUUUGUUUGCUAGAUGUUAUAUAUUUGUUUUUAACAUUGUUUUAAUUUUAUUAUAGCUUAAUUUGUUUUUUAUUGUUUUUAACAUGUUUUUAGCUUACGUGCUUUAUCCAUGUCUGUUUGAAUUUUUGUUAGCCAGCUUGAGUCCUGGUUCUGGAGGAAAGCAGGAUAUAAAUAAAUAAAAUAGUAAUAGUAACAAUAUUUUCUGUUUCAGCGCUGAGGUGCUGAAAUGCCCCAUCACUGCUCUCCUUUCAACAGGCCCUUUUAAAUAGUUAUUUUAAUUAUAUCAUUUGGUAAUAUUUAAAAUGUUUGUAGGUUUGCUGCUUCGAUUUUUUAAUUCAUUUUUUAUUCAUUUUGAAAAUGAAAGACACUUCAUUGUUUUCAGAAUUUUAGUUGCAAACAAGAUUGCUAGAAACUUGUGUGUGAGGAUGCUUUUUUUUCUUUAAGGGCCAUGACUUGUAGGAAAUGCUGAUCCAGCACUAUGCAGAUGUGCUGUUCAUAUGAAAGCAUACAUGCUAGGCAUGUGAGAGCCAAGCUGAAAAUGCGGGAAGCAAAAUGUACUGGAAAUUGCCAUCUUUCUCAUUUUGGGAUACAGGCUGGCCUUAGAAAUGACCUCUCUCAGUAGUUUCAAGCCAAGUUGAAGGAAAUCCUUCUGUUGCCCCAAGUUUCCAAUUUUUCCGCUUCAUUUUGCUUUCUUCUUAGCCUGCUUGUUUUUUUCCUAUAUGGUUUUUGGACCUGGGGACAACAGGAACAGCACCUCUGCUGAUUGAGAUGUUGUUUCCAAGGACUCUCAAAAGUGCGCUUUCGCCGCGCUCCGUAUAAGGCAGGCUUUUGUCCAGAACUGCUCUGUCACUUGUACCUCUGCCCUAGUAGACCCUGCUAUAUACAGUGGUACCUUGGGUUACAUACGCUUCAGGUUACAGACCCUGCUAACCCAGAAAUAGUACCUCGGGUUAAGAACUUUGCUUCAGGAUGAGAACAGAAAUCGUGCUCCAGCGGCGCGGCAGCAGCAGGAGGCCCCAUUAGCUAAAAUGGUGCUUCAGGUUAAGAACAGUUUCAGGUUAAGAACAGACCUCCAGAACGAAUUAAGUACUUAACCCGAGGUACCACUAUAACCACAGAAGCAGUUUGGGGGGCCCAUGCUGUGUUAAGCCGUGGAAGCCGCUACAAAGUGCUUGGUGCAGGUUGAAGUGUUGAAAAGCACUCUGGGAAGCUCCUUCCCCAUUAACUUUCCCCACUACAGUCCUGGGCGACGGCUCCUUUUCCGAAAACGCAUAUCUUCCUCCAUCUUUGCCAAGUAAUAGUUUCCCAUGCGGGCCGAUCCUAUCUGCCGAUUUGCAAGAGCAGGCGCAGCUGCCUCUGCUGGAGCCUUCCGCCCUGAUAAAGGCCAUUUGUGUCCAAGAUGCCGGGGAAAUCAUAGCGCACUGCGUCGGUUACCUCAUCCUCCGGGCAGACAGAGGCUUCACUGUUGAGAGAGCAUUCCUACAUUUAACAUGAGUCCCUCGGGGGGCCUCCCUCUUCCGUUGCCAGGCUCCAUCAUCCUCUUGACAGGAGCAGUGACACAGCAGCGAUCACGUUUAAGCCCCCGAGCCGGACAGGAGACAAAAGGAGCUUUCAGUCCCGGGCAUCGUCUGGAGACUCUGAAAUGUUACCUCCUCUCAGCCGCUCUUUGUCUUUGUUAUUUCAAUUACCUUGUGCUUCGGGUUGACUUUUUGCCACUUUCCCAGCCCCGGCAGAAGAGACUCUGCCUCCUCAUUACCAAUCGGAGAGAUACCUGAAGUGAGGGCGAUGGGAGGGGAGAAGCGAGGAAACACUGAUCUCUCUCUCUCUCUCUACCCAGGAGCCCAGAACAAAAGAGCAUCUCUGGGAAGAUGGCGAAACUUGCUGAGCAGGUUCAUGGCUGUCCAGGCAGACACAGCUCUCGUCCUUUCCCCUUCACUCCUGAUUUUUUUUGGGGGGGGGGGCACAGAUACCUUGAUGGCAUAUUUGAUGGCGGAAUAAAAUGCAGGGCAUUUGCCUAGAUCAGAGUGCAAAGCAGGGGAAAGUAAUAUUAACAGCUGCUAAAGCAACGUUAAACCAUGUAGCGUUUUCACUUUGAAAGAAUUAGGAGGAGAAGGGCUGAUCUCCGCAUGUCCAGUGAGAGCAGGAGGCGAGGCUCUGUCACUGCUGAAUCCUCACUUAGGUUAUGUGUGUGCCUACUAGUAUGGCAAAGAACUCUCGGUCACUAGCAGCACUGCUAAGGUGGAAAUUCAGGAGCCGCAAGGCUCUGUGUGCCUGUUGCUGUUAGAAUGUUCCAUCAGCAGCAACCAGCAGGGCUUUGAGCUUUCUUACCAUAAGAGAGUCUCUCUGAACAGUGAAAACAGCGAGUUUCAGCAGUGCUGUGCACAAUCACCACUCUGGGCUUGCCCCGAAUCUUACAAAUCUCUCACUGCAUGGGUCAGUCCCAAGAAUUCCAGUUAAUUUACUUAAUGACACAUAAUAAGAUAUCAGGAAGUUUUUAAUGCUUAAUGUUUUACUACGUAUUUUAUAUAUGCUGUAAGCCGCCCAGAGUGUCUGGGAAAGGCCAGCCAGAUGGGCAGGGUAUAAAUAUUAUUAUUAUUAUUAUUAUUAUUCCAAGAAACGCUUCCUAAAAGUUGUAGCAGGGAAAUUCAUAAAAUUGAGAGCAUAGAAGUGACAAGUCCAUUGACUUCUGCAUAGUUAGGGGGCUCCAGUUCCAGAUUCUGGACCCUUUUAAAAAUUCAAAAUGUUGUAAAUCCAGGGUACCUAAAGGAUUGUCUCCUCUCACUCAAACAUUCUUGUUCUUUAAGUUCAUCUUCAGAAGUUUAAGGGCCCCCUCACAAUUUGAGGAACAAUGACUAAUACCUUUCCCCCAUAGUGAGCUCUGGAGUGCUGAAAUGUCCUUUCUAGGGGUUUCUUGGUCCUCUUUGCUGUUGGUCCCUUCUGGCGGCAAACAAAUAAUUUUUCAUUUCUUCUCCCCACAAGGCUAUUUGAAGCUGUUUUAGCUGCUGUAGUGGGAUUUCUCUUCCUCUUGGUUUUAUCAGUUCCUCUGUCGUUCCAGUGAUUUUUGCUUUAAUUUUAAGCUGCUGUUUUGUGUUUUAUGCAGCUAGCCUCCUUGAAGGGCUUUGAUGCUAGAAUUAUUUUAAUAAGGCAACUGCAUAGCCAAGAGCACCGAGUGCGGGGAUUUGAGGCACCGGUCGUAAUGCCCGUCUCUUUCUCUCUCAGGUAUCAUGAGCUAGUGACGAAAUACGGUAAGUUGGAAAAGCUGGCGGUGGUGGACUUGCGGCCCCAGAGCAGCGCCAAAGUCGAGGUUCACUUCAGAGACCAGGUGGAGGAAAUGACCAUACGCCUGGACCAGACGGUAGCAGAACUAAAGAAACAAUUGAAAGCGUUGGUCCAGCUCCCGACCAGCAACAUGCAUGUCACUUACUUUGACCACGAAGCUCCUUUCGGCCCCGAGGAGAUGAAGUACAACUCGCGGGCUCUGCACUCUUACGGCAUUCGGGAUGGAGAUAAAAUCUAUGUGGACUCCAAAGCCAAAUAGCCCGCCCCCAUCUCCAGGGGGUUCACGGCCACCUCAUGUACGCAAAUUGAGGACUUUCUGGAAGUGGGGGGAUUCGUUUUGGUUUGUCGUUUGAGGUUUGGUUUUCUAUACGUACCAGGUAGCUUCUCCAGCAGGCCCAGAUCUGUGAGAGGUGCGCUGCGACCCAGUGCAGAUUGCGGUGGCGGCGAAUUGUUAAGAGGAGGUGACUGACUUCAAGCGUGUGUGUGCGGCUUUUCUUUGGUUUCUCCCCAACUGCUCCAGUAUUCCUGUGAACUUAGCAUGAAAGUCUUUCUUCAAAGCUUUAAGAGGGUUCUUGCAGUCACUCAAGUCGGGGAGCUCGGCCUUUCAGGCCAUACACAGGGUACGUGUUGAAAAGGUUUUGUGUGGCUCAGUAGCCAGGUUCCAAUUACAAGUGGCAGAAUUGGUGCCCCUUCACCUGGGUGGCCUCUCAGUCUCUUUGUUCCCGGAGGGUUAGGUUGGAAGGGGGAUGUUCUAUAAGCAGUGUUUUACUAGACUUUGGUCUACUGGAUAUCCAGUGCCCUUCUGGAUUUCACUUACGCUGAAGGAGAUCAAAACUUUGACAGGGGUUGACAUUUGUGCCCGCACACACACGCACACUGCAGCUUGCAGGGCACUCUGCUAAAAUCACAAUCAGUUGCAUAACCUUUUUGGCUUGCUGACACUCAAGGGUGUCAUAGGGGCCAGACUCAGUGCAGAUAGUGCCAGGCAUUUAAAUGGGAGCCUCUUUGUCUCUUGGGCAAGUUCAUGUUGGUCGCCUGGUCAUAUGUUUGAUCUAUUUCGUGAAGGCUUGCUCUGCGCUGAUGAGAUACCUCUCUCAGCUUGCAGGCAGCUCUUGACGGACUGUCACCAUCCUCACUGUGGCUGAAGAACCCUAAAACCCUUGCAUUUUUAAAAAAUAUAGCAUUCUUCUAUCAUACCCUUCUUCCAAGGAGCUGUGGGUGAGGUACAUGUUUCUCCCCCCCCCCCCAAAAAAAAUUCUUUUUUGUUUUAUAAUAACCCUCUGAGAGAAAAUGUCUCUCUCAAAGUCACCCAAGGAGUUUUACAGCUAACUGGCAAUCUGAACCUGAGUCUCUCAAAUCCAAGUCCUAUGCUAAGCUGCUACACCACAGUGGAAACCAAAGGCCAGGCCUUCCUCCCCGCCCAGCGUUUGCUCGUAAAUUAGCACUUUUUUAAAGCCAAUGCAGAGAUGCAACAGACAUACAGGUCCUCUGAGGUCCCUGGGGCCUGUCUCUGCAUUAGUCAGUUUUCUAGACUUGCCUUUUACCACUUGAAAGGUGUAUUGGAGUGGUGAGUUUUGCAGGGCCACCACAAGUGAGCUCCUCUUACAUGCCGUAGAAGGAAGCCCCACCCCCACCCCCAAAUCUUGUGAGAAGGGGCGGGUGCACCGUUUACUGAGGAGUAUAGGAAACUGUCAUAAAGAGUAAAAGGCCGCCCCCUGUUCUUGGAGAUGUCUUCUCCCCACUUUCAUGUAGCUCAACAUCAUAUUUAUGAUUCUUAUAGGAAAAAAAGAAUCUUUCUUUUCUUUUUUUUUUGGAAGAAUGCUUGCUUUGUAAAUCAGGCAGGGCUCUCUCCCUCAGCAGUGCUCUUCCAUGCUCAUCUGUCAGCUUGACAAGUUGAAAACUGGAGAAUCGCUCAGUUUUACACAUGUACAUUUAAAGGAGGGGAGGGAGGAAGUGGACUUCCCAGUGCCGCCGCCGCCCCCCCCAGCAGUGUCGCUAAGCUCUUGUUACCCAUAAACUUUUGACCUUCCUUCCUUAGCUUCUCAUGCAAGGUUUCUUUCCCAUAAUUCCUCUGUUCUCUGGUGGGAGGGCUUCUUUUUUAUAUACGUACAUCUAUCCCAGAGUUUGUGCAUUUUCUUCCCCUGUGGUGUGCAAAACAAAAUCCCAGUAAUCUUAUUUUUAUUUAUAUUUAUGGUAAAAGUCCUGCCCGAACGCCAAGCAUAGAAAAGAGGGCAGGAUUUUUUAAAAAUGCAAAUCUCCUCUCCUAUGACCAUAUAAAGAUGAGCAAUAUAGAGCAAACCAAGGCUUGCAUGUGGAAUGUGGUAGUCCAUUCUCUUUUAUUUCACUGACUCCAGUAAGAAAUAAUUACCUAUGUAUUAUGUGGAGUCAUUCCAGGACAUUGUGUUGAUGAACUGGCACUGGGCUUUAUAAGCUGAGACAGAGCUGAGGUUCUUUCCUGUCCAUUUGGGUAGCAAAGCUCCAAACCAACGCUUUGUUUAUGAUGUGUGUGUGUGUGGGUAUAUGUAUCUAUGUAUGUAUAUUUACACAUAACGGGAAAUGGCAAUGUUAAUAAGAUAUUUUAUUAUAAAGCAAAGUUUUAUGGAAAGAUAAGGUUGUGUAAUAAUAUUAGAUUAUUAUUUUAUCUGUGGACCUACUGUAUGAAGUAUGUUAGCCCCGUAAUCUGGGCCGCUGAAAGACUUUAGACUGUAAAGAAGUGGCCAUUUGGGAUGUGCAGAACAGUAUUUCCCAUCUUCCUCCUGCCCAUCUCCAUGCCCAAUAUUUAUACAGUAGUAACAGGAAUUUAAUGAAAUAUUUGUAACUGGUGGACAUCCGACUGCACAGGUGUCUGUGUCUUAGAAGGAAACAUUCCACAUAUUAAAAGUUUAUGAAGGGAUUCACUGAAGAA